AGAUAAGUAGAAGUGAUGAGACGUGGUAAGAGACCUUUUCAGAGGACAGAGAGAACACAACUGGAAAAUCUAUCUCUAGCAUCUGCGAGACUCGCUUCAGCAACCGCAUGCUGCUCCUGCCCGCGGCACGCAGGAACUCCCAGCACACAGGAUGUUGACCUGAAAGUAUGUCAGGGAGCUUUGGAUGACUGCUGUCCACCUCCAGGACAGGAUCAACUGGAACUGCAAGAAGAAGAGAAAGUCAUAAAUCAAAGCAACAGCAACCAUGUAGAUUCCCUUCUCUCCUUAGAGGGCUAUUUACAGCUUCUGUCAUCGCAGGUGGAAAACAUGCUAGAGGUAAACGAGAAAAUACAGGUGAACUUACUGGAAGAUACACAAGUUGCUACUUCUAGUAGAGGCCAAGACCCAUCAUCUUCACACAAUAUAAAUUUGACCCAGACAUUUCAGAACAGUUUCAGUCCUCCUGAUGCCAUGCUACUAAGAACAGACUACCCCACUCAAUUAAAUUCAAAACCAAGACUCUUACAAAGGCAAGAGUUUUUCCCUCAAUCAAGCUCUGAUAACACAAAUUCAGAAUCACUGUUUCAUGGGUCAAAUUUGACAGGGCUGUUUUCAGUUGCUGACCUUAGAAAUCUAACAGCCCAUGAUGAUAAUUUUGAUGAAAUUAAGCUCAUGUCUUUGGCUUUGGAGGAAGGCUUUAGUCCUAUAGAAGUUUCUCAGAUCUUUGAAGAGCCUGGCUCAGAUUCGGGACUGUCUUUGAAUUCAAAUCACAGCACCACCUCUUACUCAGUCUGCUAUGAAGAUUCUUUUGGGUACAGCAGCAGUGUUAAACCUCCUUCGCACGGCUUAGGAGCUGUUGGUGGCCACUGCCAAGAAAACAUUAAGCACAGCCUUGUGGAAUAUCCAGGUGUUGCAGAGCGUUCUACAGAAGCCACACUUCAGCAGUUUCUUCAUUAUCGCACUUACAAUCAGCUGCCAAGUCAAGCAGCAUCUACUCUAGAGCAUCAUCAACAGAUGUGGAUGAAGAAAUCAAACAAAGUAAAGGAUAGGUGCCAUAAUUCUACUGCUACAAACCGGAGCAGAGAUGAAUGUCGUGCAAAGGCUCUGAGAAUACCAUUUUCAGUCGAGGAAAUUGUGAGCAUGUCCGUUGACUCUUUCAACACCAUGCUAGCGCAGAACCAGCUGUCAGAAACUCAAGUAUCACUUCUACGUGACAUCAGACGAAGAGGAAAAAACAAGGUAGCAGCCCAAAAAUGUCGCAAACGCAAACUGAAUGCAAUUCUUAACUUGGAAGAAGAUGUGUGCAAUCUCCAAACACAAAAGGAGAGCCUUAAAAAGGAGCACUUCCAGUGUAGCAAGUCAAUCAACCAGAUAAAGCAAAAAUUAAACAACUUGUAUCAUGACAUUUUCAGUAGACUGAGGGAUGACCAGGGUAGACCUGUCAACCCACGCCAGUAUGUCAUUCAUUGCAGUAGCAACGGUAGUGUUUGCAUAAUACCCAAGCACUUGGCCAAAUCUGAACAGAACCAAGAUAACAGAAAAGAGUAGAAACAAAAGUAAGAUGACUGGAGAUCACCUCAAUCACCUUUAUUUUGCCUGAAAGGAUGCUAAGAGUACUUGUGUGAAGACUAAAGGUCAGUGAUUACAGCAGUUCAAACAGAAACAACUACACUUGAGGAGAAACACUCUAUGUUCAAGGGUCUGGCAGAGCCGGCUGUGAUCUGUUAGAAGGUCCACGAGCUGAGGCUUCCAGAUGAGGAAAUCCAUUUCGUUUUAGUUAGAAUUAAAGGAGCUAGACCAUCACUGUAGUGUAGCUUUGUAGACCUCUGUUAAAACUAGGAAUUUUGUUACUGGUAAUGGGGGCAGAGGGGAGAACAUCAGUGAGGGAUAAAAGUCAACUUUGGAUCAAUGUUACACAUGCAAGAAAAUGUUUUAGUCUUGAAUACUUGACUGUUUAUACAGAAAA